GUUGGCAGCAUUCUAAAACGACAAAGAUACGUGUUCUUUCUUCCUCUACUACACGUUUAUUUUGUACUGUCAACUCCAGCAUAAUCAAAAAACACAAGAAUCCUCAUAACAGAGUGUAGCAGAAUAGUUGAUAUUGCAGAUGCCCUUUUGCUUAUUCUCGUCAUCUUAGUCAAUCUUGUAACCCCUUUUAAUCUCUAAUUUAGAGGAUACAUUGAAGUUGUGUUUUGUUAAUGAACAGUGAGUAUUCAUGGUUUCUUGUCCUUGGACAAUAAUAGAUGCUGUUGCCGUUUUCUCUCAAGGGGUCGUGAGCUGGUGAAGAUACUUGUUAGUGGAAAUCUUAACUGGUGAAGAUACUUGCUAGCGGAAAUCUUAACUUCUGUUUUAAUUUAGGCAGAAUGGACCACAAUACUCUUGGAGCUUCACAAGCUGCAGCUAAGAGUGAAGGCAUUGAGUCCUGUAGAAAAAUGCAACAGGCUUCUGGGGAAGAGACAUCUGAAGUGAAUCAAGGUCAAGGUGGUAAAAACAUUGCAGCUGAUGUGGCCCCAGCACAUGAGAAAUCUCACGGCGAUGUAAACAUGGAGGCGGAUAUCACUAUGGAUGAAGUAAUAAGAGCCGGAGGUCUAGGAGCAAGAGACGAUUUAAAUAGUGUUCUUCCUGUGGCAGCUGACACCACUGACUUUGAAGCUUCUAUUCGUGAUGCUUGGGACUAUGAAGGGCAACGUGAAAGCAUUACUCGACCAGGCCUUGGCUGGACAGAACCUGCAAAGAAAUAGAUCUAUCCAUGGUACAACUUAAGGUGGACUUCCAAUGGCACUCUUAGACUCUCGGUUCUGCUCCUGUUGAUUGAACAUUCCCUUAUGUGUCUUAUGGUUCUUCAAGAAAUAAAUCCUAUCCCCAUGUAUGAAAUUAAUUAUAACCUCGAUGGAUCUUUUUAGCGACGUGCGUACUUGUCAAUCUAUUGUUUCUCCUUUCUGUG